CGUAUUUUCGAGUGCUGACGUGGCGGAUCCAUAGAAAACCUCAAGAACUGAACUUUAACACAAAAAAAAAGAGGACGGUGGAGCAAAAUCGGAUCGAGUCGGAGAGUCGCCGGAGAAUUUACUCCGGCUAAUCUGUGAGCCAUAGAGGUAUUUAUUCUCCGAUUUCCCCAGAUCAGCGGUUCUAUUAUAUCUGUUCAUCCUUAUGAGAUUCCUUUGAGCUCGCUUUUAUGUUCUUGAGGAAGAAGAAACGAAGUUACUGAGAGGUGGUGGAGGGGGACAUGGCGGAGGCGGAGACAGUAAACGGAGUGAAGGAGGAGAACAAAUUAUGGAAAGGUGUAUUCGCGGUUUCGGGCAUUAUGUUUACUCUUGUCAUCUAUGGUCUUCUUCAGGAGAAGAUAAUGAGAGUUCCUUAUGGGUUGAACAAAGAGUUCUUUAAGUACUCUUUGUUUCUUGUUUUCUGCAAUCGCCUCACUACUUCAGCUGUCUCUGCUGCUGCUUUACUGGCAAGCAAGAAAGUUUUGGAUCCUGUAGCUCCGGUUUAUAAAUAUUGCCUUAUUUCAGUCACUAACAUUUUAACCACUACAUGCCAAUAUGAGGCUCUCAAGUAUGUGAGCUUCCCAGUCCAAACUCUAGCUAAAUGUGCCAAAAUGAUACCAGUCAUGGUAUGGGGAACUCUCAUCAUGCAGAAAAAAUACAAAGGGUUUGACUAUUUAGUGGCUUUUCUGGUGACUCUCGGCUGCUCUGUCUUUAUUCUCUUUCCGGCAGGAGAAGAUAUAAGUCCGUACAAUAAGGGAAGGGAAAAUACUGUUUGGGGUGUUUCCCUUAUGGCUGGUUAUCUUGGGUUCGAUGGCUUUACAAGCACAUUCCAAGACAAACUCUUUAAAGGAUAUAAUAUGGAGAUACAUAACCAAAUAUUCUACACAACACUUUGUUCCUGUGUUUUGAGUUUCACUGGACUUAUAUUGCAAGGCCACUUACUACUAGCUGUAGAUUUUGUUUCUCGGCAUAGAGAUUGUCUACUUGACAUCGCUCUGCUUUCCACUGUUGCAACAGCGAGCCAGUUCUUCAUUUCUUACACCAUUAGGACAUUUGGUGCUCUAACAUUCGCUGCUAUCAUGACAACAAGACAGCUUGCAAGCAUCAUGCUCUCAUGCAUUUGGUUCUCUCAUCCGCUUAGCUGGGAGCAAUGUAUUGGAUCGGUCAUCGUUUUCGGAUCUUUAUAUGCGAAAAACUUACUGAACAACAAAAAAUCACAAAGCCAACCGCCACCUCCAGAACUUCCCCAAUACGAAAAGGCUGAGGGCUCUUGAGAUGGAACCUUCACAGCCAGCUAGAACUUUUGGACGUUUUAAUAUUCUUCAAGAGAGUUAAGUUCUAAAUACAGCAGUAACAACUAACAACCAACAAUAUGUACCACCUGCAUGGUCAUCAUCAGAAGAAUGAUUCAGAGAAAAAAGGAAAAGAAUUGAUCUAGUAAACAGCUAGACAUUAUAAUAAGGUAUUCCUUUACAUGUUUUUUAAAGGCGACGUCAUGACGCCAGAGGAGUAUCAGUCUUGUGCGUUGAUCCCUUCUUAAUUUCUACACACACUUGAGUACUUCAAACAAAGAGG